GGCCUUUGUGUGUGUGAUAAAUAUUUCGCUGAAAAUAAAUACAGAGUUUGUGAAGUGAUGCUUUUUACUUGGAUUAUAAAUUGUGGGUUUUGUUUUUGUGUUCAAAUGUAAAUGAAGUAAUUUAAUACACGAUUUACGAAUUGAAAAUAGGUUAUGGCUUCAAAAAGAAGAACCUUCAAGGGACUUUCAGACGAUAGCGACCAAUCAGAUACUGAGUUUCAACCGUUAUAUGAAGACAAUGACGAAGACCAGAGAACUGCCCAAGAAACCAAAGGAUGGAACCUUUUCCGGGAAGUACCAGUCAAGAAAGAGAGUGGAUCUAUGGCCACAGUUGCAUGGAUUGAUAAAAGCGUGAAAGUCCUUAAACUUCUAGCAUAUAUAAUCGUAUUUGGGUUAGUAAUCCUGAGUGCAGUGGUAGCGAAAGGAUCGUUGCUUUUUAUUACUUCGCAACUACGGAAAGGACGCAGGAUUACACAUUGCAACAAAGCAUUAGCUCUUGAUAAACAAUUUGUAACGGUCUUGACAUUAGAGGAACGGAUAACUUGGCUUUGGGCAGCUUUAAUAGUUUUCUCAGUCCCGGAGAUCGGAGUAUUUUUAAGAUCAGUGAGGGUAUGCUUUUUCAAAACCGCUUCGAAACCAUCAAUUUGGAUUUUCAUUUUGGCUUUCUUGAUCGAGACUUUGCAAACCAUUGGAAUUGCAACGCUGGUGCUUUUAAUUUUGCCAGAACUGGACGUAGUAAAAGGAGCAAUGUUGAUGAAUGCUCUAUGUAUCAUACCGGGGUUUCUAAAUGCUUUCACAAGGGAUUCUACGAGCCCACGAUAUUUCUUAAUAAUACUUUUGGAUGUACUGGCAGUAUCAGCGCAAGUUACUGCAUUUGUUGUUUGGCCAUUGCUAGAUGGAACUGUUGUUCUCUGGUCGAUAGCAAUGGCUAGUAUAUUCAUUUCAAUAGGAUGGUGGGAAAAUUUUAUUGGCUGUGUCGAUCGACAUAGUUCUGUGCUACUUUUGUAUCUUUCUGAAAUACGAACUAGAUUGAAAAAGUCUCGAUACUAUACGCAAAGGAUUCUCUCAAUUUGGAAGAUAAUUGUAUUUAUUAUUUGUAUUAUGGUAUCAAUGAGCUUUCAAGGCGACGAUCCUUUGCAAUUUCUCCUCUCUGUCACUGACGCCUUCGGAGAGAGGGAAUACUACGUACAUGAGAUUCAAGCAAUUAUGGAACAUGGCAUAAAUGAACUAGACCAUACUACAAUUGAAGGUAGUUUUAAAUUAUUAGCUAAAUGGGAUACAUCUCUAUGGAUCGCGCUGAUCCAAGUGCUUGCUGCAUAUCUCUGCUUUAUUUGCGCCAAGUUCGCCUGCAAGAUUCUUAUUCAGAAGUUCAGUUUCACAUUUGCGUUGAGCCUUGUUGGACCUGUGACUAUAAAUCUAUUGAUUUACAUCUGUGGACUUCGGAAUGCAAAUCCAUGUGCGUUUUAUGGAAUUGUUCCCGAAUAUUUGGGCUAUACAAUACCUCCAGUGUACUUUUUAAAGCAUUAUAUAAGCCGAGAGAUGACGUGGAUUUGGAUUCUUUGGUUGAUGUCGCAAGCCUGGAUUACGAUCCACACUUGGGCCCCGCGCUGUGAACGACUCGCUGCUACCGACAAGCUAUUCGCGAAGCCUUGGUACAGCGGCGUUUUGAUCGACCAGUCACUCCUUAUGAACAGAACGAGAGAUGAUGAUAUGGAAAUACCCGUAGAAGAUUUAAAAGAUCUGAGAGAUGACGCGUCCCUGUGCAGUUCUAUUAGCAACCCGAGAGAUAUUCGACCUUCAGAUUCUGUAACGAGAGUUUACAUAUGCGCGACCAUGUGGCACGAGACUAAAGAUGAAAUGAUGGACUUCUUGAAAUCUAUCCUUCGGUUGGACGAAGAUCAGAGUGCGCGUCGAGUUGCACAAAAAUAUCUGGGCAUUGUUGAUCCAGAUUACUAUGAACUCGAAGCUCACAUUUUCCUAGACGAUGGAUUUGAAGUUUCGGACCACAGCGCCGAAGAUUCGCAAGUGAAUCGUUUCGUGAAAUGUCUCGUAGACACUGUCGACGAGGCCGCCUCGGAAGUACACUUGACUAAUGUUAGACUCAGACCACCGAAAAAAUAUCCAACGCCCUACGGCGGAAGACUUGUGUGGACGCUACCAGGAAAGAACAAAAUGAUUUGCCACUUGAAGGAUAAAAUGAAGAUAAGACACAAGAAGAGAUGGUCACAGGUGAUGUAUAUGUAUUAUCUGCUGGGCCAUCGCCUCAUGGACUUGCCGAUAUCGGUAGAUCGCAAGGAAGUGAUAGCGGAGAACACGUAUCUGCUUGCGUUGGACGGAGAUAUUGAUUUUAAGCCGAGCGCUGUCACUCUGCUUAUUGAUCUGAUGAAGAAGGAUAAGAACCUAGGGGCUGCUUGCGGUCGUAUUCACCCAGUUGGCUCUGGUUUCAUGGCAUGGUAUCAAGUCUUCGAGUAUGCGAUUGGUCAUUGGCUACAAAAGGCCACGGAACAUAUGAUCGGCUGCGUCCUAUGUAGUCCAGGGUGCUUCUCUCUGUUCCGAGGGAAGGGUCUCAUGGACGACAACGUGAUGAGGAAGUAUACACUGACGUCUAGCGAGGCACGCCAUUACGUGCAGUACGAUCAGGGUGAGGACAGAUGGCUCUGUACACUACUCCUCCAACGAGGAUAUCGUGUGGAGUACUCCGCGGCUUCGGACGCGUACACACACUGCCCCGAGCGCUUCGACGAGUUUUUCAAUCAGCGGCGUCGCUGGGUGCCCUCCACCAUGGCCAACAUCUUGGAUCUGCUGGGUGACUCCAAACACACGGUGAAGGUCAACGAUAACAUAUCCAUGCUGUAUAUUGUUUAUCAAAGUAUGUUGAUGUUGGGUACAAUUCUGGGGCCAGGCACUAUAUUCCUGAUGAUGAUUGGAGCCAUCAACGCGAUAACUGGCCUGAGCAACUUACACGCGCUCCUGUGGAACGCUGUUCCUAUAUUUAUAUUCAUAGUAGUCUGCAUGACUUGUAAAUCUGAUAUACAGUUGAAGUUGGCAAACGUAAUAACAUGCCUGUACGCGAUGGUGAUGAUGCUGGUAAUUGUUGGCAUCACCUUGCAAAUAGUGGAAGACGGCUGGUUGGCUCCCACCAGCAUAUUCUUCGUGGCCACCUUCGGAAUGUUCUUCGCAACUGGCAUCCUUCAUCCGCAAGAGAUCAAGUGUUUGCUGUACAUCGCCAUAUACUAUAUCACAAUACCUAGCAUGUAUAUGUUGCUGAUUAUCUAUUCGCUCUGCAAUCUCAAUAACGUGUCGUGGGGUACUCGGGAAGUUGCCCAAAAGAAAACAUUGAAGGAAAUGGAGUUAGAGAAAAAGGCGAUGGAGGAAGCGAAGAAUAAAAUGAGUAACCAGAGCUUGAUGAGUUGGUUCGGUAAAUCGGAGGAGACGAGCGGUUCUCUAGAGUUCAGUAUAUCAGGGUUGUUCCGUUGUAUGUGCUGUACGAACCCCAAGGAUCACAAGGACGACCUACAUUUGCUGCAAAUUUCUAACUCCCUUGACAAGAUUGAGAAGAGAUUGGAAGCUCUUGGUGCACCGCCUGAUAUAGAAAAUAGCAGGCCGCGCCGCAGAUCUUCCAUCGGUAUGCGAGCAGACACUCUGUCUCUGUUGCCGGAGUACGAGGACAGCGAGGCCUCGGUGGAGAUACCAAGAGAAGAGAGAGAUGACUUAAUAAAUCCAUAUUGGAUAGAAGACCCAAAUCUUCAGAAAGGCGAAGUGGAUUUUCUCACUACUGCUGAGACAGAGUUUUGGAAAGAUCUUAUCGAUACUUAUUUGAGACCACUUGACGACAAUAAGGAAGAAAAGGACCGUAUAACAACAGACCUGAAGAACCUCCGCGACAUGAUUGUUUUCGCAUUCCUCAUGUUGAACGCGUUGUUUGUACUGGUGGUAUUUCUUCUGCAGCUUAAUCAAGAUCAACUCCACGUGCGAUGGCCCUUCGGACAGAAAGUCGACAUCAAGUACGAUAGAGAGCAUAAUGUGAUUAAAAUCGAUGGAGAAUACUUGAUGCUGGAACCCAUCGGUUCAAUGUUUAUUAUAUUCUUCGGUGUCGUGAUGGUCAUUCAGUUUCUGGGGAUGCUGUUUCACCGAAUGGGAACACUGACGCAUCUGUUAUCGACUGUACAGCUCAACUGGUACUUUGCUAAGAAUUCCGAAGACAUGACAGGCGAUGCGAUGUUCGAGAAGCGAGCGGUGGACAUCGCAAAAGACUUGCAGAAGUUGAACGUGGACGACCUGGAGAAGCGAGGCGUCGACGAGUCGAACGUGUCCAGGCGGAAGACGCUGCACAACCUGGAGCGGUCACGUGACCAGAGACAGAGUGUCGUCAAUCUGGACUCAAACUUCAAACGACGCCUGACAAUACUGCAGAAUGGCGAUUCGAAUGAAAUAACUCGUCUGCCGUCGUUGGGUGGCGACACGGCGACCCGUCGCGCGACACUGCGCGCGCUGAUGACGCGACGAGACUCAGUGCUCGCUGAACGACGGCGAUCACAACUGAACACAUCCGGCUAUCUCUACGAUGAACCAAUCAACCCUUUGAACGAUUUGUCUAGUCGGUCCAGUAUGUUGGCAUACGGGAAUAGAGGCUAUGAACCCGCUUUAGACAGCGAAGAGGAAGUCACGCCCCCGAUGCGACGCAGUACCGUUCGUUUCCGAGAGCGAGAGAGCUAUAUGUGAUCGUAUGUUCUCUGACCAGUGAUUUCGUCCAAUUAUUGUGAUAAUAAAUUAUUUUUAUGUGA